GCUCUUCUCCCGCGGCUGCAGCAGCUGCCGGUUCCUCACGGCCUCGGCGGCGGCGGCGCGCUCGGAGCGGCCUCCGAGGGAGCGGCGGGCGGACGGACGGGCGGGCGCGCGGCCCCGGCGGCUCCCGUCUGAGGCGGCGGACGAGGCUCGGCGGGGAGGAGGCGGCGACGCAGGCGGAGGAGGAGGCGGCGGCCGCCGGGGACCCCGCUCGGCGCCUCGGCCCCGCGCCCCCGUCCUCCUCAGCCCGUGGUCGCUCGCGCUCGGCGGGCCGGCGCCUCGCCUCUGCGCGCGGAGAUGGUGUAGCCCGGCCGCCGGAGCCGAAGCCGCCUCUUCUCGCGCGUCCCCGCGGCGUCCGCCUCCCCGCCUGAGAAGAGACCCUCCGCUCGGCGUCUCCCGCGCCGGGGAAGCCUCGGCGCCGCCGGCACCAUGAGUGAACAGAGUAUCUGUCAGGCAAGAGCUGCUGUGAUGGUUUAUGAUGAUGCCAACAAGAAGUGGGUGCCAGCUGGUGGCUCAACUGGGUUCAGCAGAGUGCAUAUAUAUCACCAUACAGGCAACAACACAUUCAGAGUGGUGGGCAGAAAGAUUCAAGACCAUCAGGUUGUGAUAAACUGUGCCAUUCCUAAAGGGCUGAAGUACAAUCAAGCGACACAGACUUUCCACCAAUGGCGGGAUGCUAGACAGGUGUAUGGUCUCAACUUUGGCAGCAAAGAGGAUGCCAAUGUCUUCGCAAGUGCCAUGAUGCAUGCCUUAGAAGUGUUAAAUUCACAGGAAGCAGCCCAGAGCAAGGUUACUGCUACCCAGGACAGCACUAAUUUGCGAUGUAUUUUCUGUGGGCCAACAUUGCCUAGACAAAAUUCACAGCUACCUGCUCAAGUUCAAAAUGGCCCAUCUCAAGAAGAGUUGGAAAUCCAGAGAAGGCAACUGCAAGAACAGCAGCGACAGAAGGAGCUGGAGAGAGAAAGAAUGGAGAGGGAAAGGCUGGAGAGAGAACGACUAGAACGAGAGAGGCUAGAGAGGGAGCGCCUGGAGCAAGAGCAGCUGGAGCGCCAGAGGCAGCAGGAAAGGGAGCAUGUGGAGCGCCUGGAGCGGGAGAGGCUGGAGCGCCUGGAGAGGGAGAGGCAGGAGCGUGAGCGCCUGGAGCAGCUGGAGCGGGAGCAAGUGGAGUGGGAGCGAGAGCGCAGGAUGUCCAAUGCUGCUCCAUCUUCAGACAGCUCCCUGUAUAAUGCUCCACUUCCUGAGUAUUCCAGUUGCCAGCCUCCUUCAGCACCUCCUCCAUCAUAUGCUAAAGUCAUCUCAGCUCCGGUGUCAGACGCCACUCCUGAUUAUGCUGUAGUGACUGCUUUGCCACCUACUUCCACACCCCCUACACCACCACUGCGACACUCAGCGACACGUUUUGCAACAUCUCUAGGUUCAGCCUUCCACCCUGUUCUUCCCCAUUACGCUACAGUUCCUCGACCUCUGAACAAAAACUCUCGACCUUCUUCUCCUGUGAACACACCCUCUUCUCAGCCUCCAGCUGCGAAGUCCUGUGCCUGGCCUACUUCCAAUUUCUCGCCCCUCCCCCCAUCUCCUCCAAUAAUGAUUAGCAGCCCCCCUGGCAAAGCUACUGGCCCACGGCCUGUCCUUCCCGUUUGUGUCUCCUCUCCUGUGCCCCAAAUGCCUCCGUCACCAACAGCACCCAAUGGGUUGCUAGACUCUGUAACAUACCCAGUGUCUCCACCGCCUACCUCAGGGCCAGCAGCACCUCCUCCGCCGCCACCGCCACCGCCGCCUCCACCACCACCACCGCCACCGCCGCCGCUGCCUCCCCUCGCUUCACUCUCACACUGUGGAUCACAGGCUUCUCCUCCUCCAGGCACCCCUCUUGCCUCAACUCCCUCAUCCAAGCCCAGUGUUCUCCCUUCUCCCUCUGCAGCUGCCCCUGCCUCUGUGGAGACCCCUCUAAAUCCUGAGCUGGGAGACUCCUCUGCUUCCGAGCCAGGCUUGCAGGCAGCCUCUCAGCCGGCCGAGACGCCAACCCCACAGGGCCAUGUCUUGGGACCACCUGCACCUCCGCCACCACCCCCCCUCCCAUCAGGCCCUGCCUACGCCUCAGCACUUCCUCCUCCCCCUGGACCCCCUCCACCGCCUCCACUGCCAUCCGCUGGGCCUCCUCCUCCACCACCUCCUCCACCCCCUCUUCCUAAUCAAGUUCCUCCCCCUCCUCCCCCACCUCCUGCCCCUCCCCUCCCCGCAUCUGGAAUUUUCUCUGGAUCCAUGUCAGAAGACAAUCGCCCUUUAACUGGACUUGCAGCUGCAAUUGCGGGAGCAAAACUUAGGAAAGUGUCUCGGGUGGAGGACGGCUCUUUCCCAAGUGGAGGGAAUUCUGUGAGUUCGAACUUGGCCUCAUCCAAAGCAGAGGCUGGUCGUGGGAAUGGACCCCUUCCUCUAGGGGGUAGUGGCUUAAUGGAGGAAAUGAGUGCCCUGCUGGCCAGGAGGAGAAGAAUUGCUGAGAAGGGAUCAACAAUAGAAACAGAACAAAAAGAAGACAGAAGUGAAGAUGCAGAGCCUAUAACUUCUAAGGCCCCAUCAACAAAUACACCUGAACCAACCAGAAAACCUUGGGAAAGAACAAACACAAUGAAUGGCAGUAAGUCACCUGUCAUCUCCAGACCCAAAUCCACAUCUUCAUCACAGCCGAGUGCCAAUGGAGUCCAGACAGAAGGACUUGACUAUGACAGGCUGAAGCAGGACAUUUUAGACGAAAUGAGGAAAGAACUAGCAAAGCUGAAGGAGGAGCUUAUUGAUGCAAUCAGGCAGGAGCUGAGCAAGUCGAACGCUGCAUAAAGAAGCAAACUAAGGAGGGGCAGGACUCGAAUCUGGAGAAAACAAAAAUGCCUACAAACAACUCCUAACACCCCCAAACUUUUAAGCUGUAAGAAGAAAAUGGAUACACAGUCAGGAGGGAACCCGUCAACCUCUGAAAGCCUGCAGACAUAGUGACUCUGGCGAUCAGCCGUCCCUCCAGUGUGCUGCUUUUAUUCUGACCUUUACCACAGGAUGGAGAAUUAUAUUGGAGUUCCCUUAGCAGUACUAAACCCGUCAGGCAAGAUCACCGUGCAUUGAAAUAUUUUCAUGUCUAGAUGAAUCUGCACGUUUUCCAUAAUCCAUUGCUAAAAUAAAGACGAGAAAGGCUUAAGAGAUUUUUUUCCAGAGGGCGCUGAUAAAGAAUUUGAUUUAGUAAGUUCUGCUGUUGCAUUGUAAAUGUUUCUCUCAGGUUUGUCUUCCUAUCAUAUUUGAUAUUCCGUGAACAGUUAAGAUCAUAAAGUAUGGAACAAAUGGAAUUGUAUGUGCUUUCAAAAGGUGGUAUUUAUAAGAAUGGUCCUAAAUUGUUUAGUCCCACUUGAGGAAUUUUAGAAUGAUAGGAAGUCUCUCGGGUUAGCCUUCAUGCAGUUUUGUAGUUUAAAACAUAAAGUCCGUCCAGAAAUUAAAGAUUUAGAUGCCUUCCUAAAUUGUUACAAUGCUUUACCAAAUCUAUGACUUCUAUAUAACAAACAGUGGUCAAAUGUAAAACAUUCUAUUAUAGAUUUGCUGUAGGUUUUCAACCUUUUUUAGACAUAUGCAUGUGGACAUUUUUAUAAUGUAAUUACAAUCACCACAAAGUUAGCUUUUUUAAUUACAGACAAUAAUGCAUGUCAUACUAAUAUGUAGUGGCCUUUUCAAGGCCUAGUCCCAGGGGAAAUAUUUUGUAGAAUAUAGGGAAGUGGGAGGAAGGGAAGGAAUAAUUUUUUUAUUUAAAGUUAAUUUCUGCACUAUUUUUUCUCAAUUAUCUGCAUGAAUUAUAAUGAGACAUAUUUUGUGACUUUAAUCAGUAAACAUGUUAACAAAACCAAGUACUUAAUCUUUUACAUCAUGUCUUCAGCUAUUUGUAUUUUAACCAGCAAUUUAAACGGUCUGAAGCAUGAUUCUGAGCUUCGAGUGAAUUACAUCUCACUGUGGAACUCAAAAGUUUGAUCACUGAAUUUGGCAGUUAUUUUCACUAGGUCCCCCACAGUGCUGCAGGUGUUUGGGUACAUGCUCCUGACUCUGAAGCUGCUCCUCGGCCUUUGUUGUGCUAAAAUACAAGAAAUAUCAAUGAUGGCAGCAGCCAGAGUCACAGGAAUCACUAGGUAAGGGAACCAAUGAGGAGGUCUGCAGUUCUCCUUUAAUAAAACUAAAGUGAGGCUUAAGUGGUAGGCAGUGUCUGAUGCUGUUACACCCUGAGUGUGUGUGUGUGUGUGUGUGUGUGUGUGUGUGUGUGUGUGUGUGAGAGAGAGAGAGAGAGAGACAGAGAGAGAGAACGCAUGUAAUAGAUAUGUUCCACCCCUUUACAGAAAUUUAUAAUUGGCAAGAUUAAAAUAAGAGAGAAAAUUCUAUAUGUUGUAAUGUUAGUUUUUUGGAAAAUCUAGGAAAUCAGAAGUUCUCCAGGCUCUCCAUCAUGAUUUAUGCUUGAGGUAUUUAUGUGCCAUAUUUGCUUUGGAAUCUUUGGUUAUCAGAACCUUUACUAAAAAAUAGUAGAAACACCCCACUUCAUUUGCUUUCCAGAUUUCAUGCCUCAGCUGUAAAGCAAAGCUUGAUGGGAGUAAGUUCCUAAGUACUGCAAUUUGCAAUUAGCACGGCUACAGAGAGGUCUGAAUGAGGGGUUUUGUUAAGAGUGUCUCUCUCUGUAGAAACUUCAUCUUUUAAAGUAUGAGGGAUGAGUGAUCAUAAGUCAAUUCUAUGGUUUCCUCUCCCCAUCAUCCGUUGUCUUGCAGUACUAGUAAAGGCAUUAAAGAUGUGGCAGGUGUGUGUGUGUGUGUGCUGUUCUAAAAGAAGUAGGCAUCUCAUUUACUGUUGAACGUUUGAUUACACAACCACUUGGAUCGUGUAAAUGUGUACGUCUCUUACAGAGCUGAUCAAACAUCGCUUUUUGUUGCUAAAAGUUAAGUAGUCUGUAGUAGGUAGAGUACUGGGUCUAAAUGGUCCAAAGUAAGACAAAAUGCUGAAGUCAAACGCUAAGUCCUAAAAGAAGCUGGUUUAUGCACUAAACGUUUUGUGCCUUGGUCUAAUAUUUAACAUGAUGUCUGUAAAAUGGCAAAAACACAAAACAAAAAAAAAAACAAAAAACCCGACAUUGGCUCAUGAUGUAUCUGUGUCCUCCAUGAUAGUACGUUGUCCCACAUGACUAAAUGUGCUCCUCUCUAGAAGCUUAAGUGGACUCUUCUAUACAGUCACUGUCAUGUGGGAUAGUGUGUCAUCGCUAGAGAUUUCAGUGACUAGGAUGGGAAACAAAAGCUUGAGUUAUUUUCCCAAAACUGUUCCUUGGAGCCAUAUUGCUUCUGUGUGGACCAUCUUCAGAUGAGUGCAGUUUAGGGAUCCUCUCUGAUGGCAGGAAGGCUCUGCUCUCCUCAACACUGUGAUCUGACCUGUGACAACUCUACAAUACACUCUGAAUGGCUAGCAAGUCAAUAGCAAACAAACUGAAUGUACAAACCUUAGUGUGGUGCUGAAAUCUCUUCAGAAUAGUAACCAUGAUCUUAAAGUCUGUUCAAAAAUUUACGAGCAUAAUGUAUCAAUCAGAACUAAAGAUGAACCACUGAUGAAUGUUCAGUCUCCAUGCUGCAGGCAUGUUUCCUGUUUAGGCCUUCAGUUCUCUGCUGUGUCCGCCAUAACUGUUCCAUUUAUCUCCUACACGCUGACUUCAUUUGUGCGAUUGAAAUAAAAUUGCAGUAUAUACUUGUU